UCCUGGUCUGCGUACGCAAACAGUCAAGCAUGGGGAUCUGAUGAUUUUUAUGUACUGACGGGUACAGGUGGUAACUUGACAAGAUCAGGUUCAAUAGGAUACUUUAUAGUCGAUGUACUGGAUACCUUAAUUCUUACCAAGGAAAUGGAUACCGAAUAUGCUAGAGCAAGAGAAUAUAUUCAAAAUGAUUUACGAUUCGAUAUCGAUGGGGACUUUAAUGCGUUUGAAACGACUAUAAGAGUCUUGGGAGGACUUUUAUCGGCUUAUCAUCUUACAGAUCAUGAUCAACUUUAUCUUGAUAAAGCUAUUGAUCUAGGUACUCGACUCUUACCGAUUUUCGAUACCCCUACUGGAAUUCCUUAUUCUUUUAUCAAUCUUAAAACUGGUCAAGCUAAAGCUGAUCGAGAUAAUAAUGGGUUUAGUAGUUUGGCAGAAGCGACAACACUUCAAUUGGAAUUUAAGUAUUUGGCAGAGUUGACUCAAGAUCGAAGGUUUUGGGAUGUGGCUGAAAAGGUCAGUCUAUUCGCAAUGAUGGCGAUCAAAUCAAUUAAGAGUUACAAUGGGCUUUUACCGAUUUUAAUUUCACCGAUGGAUGGUUCUACUUUUUUUCAUAUUCGAGUAGGAUCAAGGGGAGAUUCGUAUUACGAGUAUCUUAUUAAACAAUACCUUCAAACCAAUCGUACUGAAACUGUUUAUAGAGAGAUGUAUGAUGUGGCUAUGACUGGGAUCAAAGAGGAAUUGGUUAGAGAGACUGCUAGUGGAUUGGUUUAUACUGGUGAACUUCAUCCAUCAGGUCCGGGAACUUAUAAAUUCGUACCUAAACAAGAUCAUCUGGUUUGUUUUCUUGGAGGUUCACUGAUGCUUGGAGUCACUGAAGGACAACCGAUCAAUACCAUUCCGAAAGAAAUGAAUGAAGAUCAAAAUGAAGAUUGGGAGAUUGGAAAAGAAUUGAUUAAGACUUGUGUGGAUACUUAUGAAAAGACUUUCACUGGACUUGCUCCGGAGAUUGUAGAGUUUUCGGGUCAAUCUAAUGUGAAUGGAAUCCAAAGAGAAUGGAUGAUUCCUCAUUAUCAUAAAUCUUCACCUCCACUUGAUGCUAGGAAUAUAUUAAGACCUGAAACAGUUGAAUCGUUAUUUUUAGCAUGGAGAUCAACUCAUGAUCCAAUCUAUCGUGAAUGGGGAUGGCAAAUCUUUAAAGCGUUUGAUGAGUUUUGUCAUUCUAAAGAUCAGUUUGGUGGGUAUCAUUCUAUACGUGAUGUAGAUUCGAUUCCAAUUAAAGUGGAAAACAAAAUGGAAACCUUUUGGCUUGCUGAAACUUUAAAGUAUCUUUUCUUAUUGUUUUCAGAGGAUUCGGUCUUACCUUUAGAUCAAUAUGUUUUUAAUACUGAAGCUCAUUUGUUUCCUGUCUUUCAACCUACUGUGGUGGAUGUAAAUAGUACAUGA